AUGCCAAAAGAAAUUUUAGUCAGUAAUAUACCUUAUGAAGCUAAUGCUAUUAAUGUGACUAACGCAUUGGAACGUCUCAUUAGAGGAAAAAUUAUUAGGUGUGAAUUAACAAAAAACAAGCUUAAUAACAAUCCUUUCCAUAUCAAUGGAGGUUUGGCUUUCAUUACGCUUGAUGACGACGACGCAGAUGACCUAAUGAGUAGGGCUGAUUAUAACACACCAUUUUGCAUGAAUAGACCAUUAAUUAUACAAGAAAAUAAGAGAGGAAGAAGACGGCGUAACAUUGAACCCUUGAUAAAUGCAAAUGAACCAACAUUUCCGGUUUCGAAUAUCGAGCUUGGAAAUUGGGCAGGUCAAUUACCAAUAGUUGAUUAUAAAAGGCGUGGAAAACGUCCAUUGCAAACUCAAAGAUGGACAUUCUUAUGUGAUUGGCGAUACCCUGAUUAUUAUGUUAAACCCAAAUUAUGCAUAUCAAAAGAAUCUGAUGCAAUUCUUAUAGACGGUUUUGCAUUAUCAUCUGAUCUUAAAGAUGAAAAAAGAAUUAAAAUACCCCUCCGUUGGCUAUCUGAUUCCCGUCGGGGAAUCCUUCUCGAUGUACGACGAGAGCGUGAAAAUGGUUUCAUUUCCUUAUAUAUUUCACUUAAAUGUUCCCCAAUACUUUUACGCAAAACCAAUAAGUAUGCUCAAAGAAGUACAAAUACUAGAUUACUUUAUCAUAUUUAUAACGAAGAGGAAUGGAUUAGAACCUAUGAUUGGACGGGUAUUGUUAAUGCAUUUGGAAAAUUUUUAGUUUAUAGAUUGAUAAUUAACGAAAAUCUCGAGGAAAUCCAAAGAUAUUUAAAUAAUAUGUCAAUACCUGGUAUUCAAACUCGUAUUCCAAAAUGUUUUGUUUCAUGUGAAGAAAUACCAAAAGAUUCAGAAUUUUAUCUUAAAGGAACUUUUGAACUUUUACCAUUUAGAAUUGGUUUUAAAUUAGAAUCUUUAAUUUCACAUAAUAUAAUUACAAUACAUGAAAUUAUGGAAUAUAGAAUUGGUGAAAAAUUAAUUGAACUUAUUUGUGAUGAAAAGGAAACUAUUGCUUGGUAUGCACUUAAUCAAAUGACAAUUCAACAUUGGGAUCCAGGUGAUGAUAGAUAUAAUAGACGACCAGUUGAAAUCUUUGAAAUUGCAUUAAGAAGUUUUCGAGGUGAAUACGAUGAAUGGCACCCGGCUAACCCGAAUAUUAAAUUAAAAGAAACUAAUCGUUGUGCAUGGGUUAAUCAUGCAACUAUAACACCCACAAAAAUUUAUUUUGAUGGUCCAGAAUACGAAUCUUCAAAUCGUAUUCUUCGACAAUAUCCAGAAUAUACUGAUAGAUUUAUCCGCGUUACGUUUAAAGAUGAAAAUUUCGAUAGAUUAUUUGUUAAUGAACAACAAUACUUAGAUAUAUGUGAUUCAAGGAUUAGUAAUAUAUUAAAUAAUGGUUUCACGGUCUCUGGACGACAGUAUGAAUUUCUUGCUUUCUCGUCUUCGCAAUUACGAGAAAAUUCAUGCUGGUUUGUAUCGACCGACCAUGAGCUUAAUGCAGACAUGAUACGUGCAACUAUGGGUCUUGCAGAACUUGCAGCUAGACAUUACUGGGGUACACGACAAAAUGAUGAAAUACCAUCUGUCUUUCAGUUUAGAUUCGGAGUUAAUCCGAAUUUAAAUGGGAAUGUUAUAUGUUUACGCCCAAGUCAAACCAAAUUUGAGGCACCGAUCGCAACAAAUUUGGAAAUUGUAAAAGCGGUGAAAAAUCCGUUAGCUGCACAUCUAAAUAGACAGAUAAUUACCGUAUUAUCUUCACUUGGCGUUCCCGAUGAUAUUUUUAUCAGACUUCAAAAUAAUGCAAAAGCGGAUAUUGAUUCUAUGAUGCGUAAUCCUCAAAAGGCCUGUGAAAUCGUGAAAAGAAGUUCGGGAACAAGAGAAUGUUCUCAUGUUACUCGCACUAUCCUCAGUAUGAUUGAAACGAGAUUAAUGGAAAUUGACGAACCAUAUCUAAGGGGAAUUCUGGAAUGCAAGCGAAUAUUUGCAUUGAAAUACUUAAGAUACAAAGCGCGUAUCCCAGUACCACGGGGAUAUAUGUUAUUUGGUGUUCUUGAUGAAACUGGAAUUCUUGAACCAGUAAUUGCGCGAAACCCAAGUUUACAUCCUGGUGAUAUAAGAAUAGUUUGGGCUGUAGAUGUUCCGGAAUUAAGACAUCUUAAAAACUGUGUUCUGGAUAGACCAGUGGUGAUUUCAGAUAUUCAUGAUUUCUUUAUAGAUUUCAUGAAAAAUGAUCGUAUUGGUAUGAUUGGAAGCUUACACCUUGCAUUAGCAGAUUUUCAUCCAGAGGGUAUAUUUCACCCACAAUGUCUGAAAUUAGCUGAACUGGAUUUUUUUAUAACUGAAACUGAUGUCACAUUACCAUUACAGCAUUCAAAAGCGGUCGAUUUUAACAAGACAGGUGUUCCAGUUACGGAAUCGUUACCAACAACGAACGAAUAUCCUGAUUUUAUGGAGAAUAAGACCAAGGGGAUGUAUGAAUCUCAAAAGAUUCUUGGAAAGUUAUAUAGGAAUAUAGAACUCGAUCAGCCGAGACAUGCCCCACUAUUAAAUUAUGAUACAAACGAUAAAAUUACUCCAAAAAGAAUGUUUCUCGCACAAGGAUACGAGGAUUACUUAGAAGAAGCUGAAAUCAUAACAUCAAACAUUCUUAGUUUUCAUCGAAUCGAUGGAAGAAAAACUCAAGACAUUCGAGACUCAAUAUCUGGAACAAUUUCAUUCAUAAUUCAUAAAUUUCGGAAGCAUUUUUUAAUAGGGUUACAAGAUAACAUUGAUCAAUAUGUUGAUAAUGAUACAUAUAAUGUAAAUAUUCCAAUCACUAACGAAACAAAAGCCAAGGCAUCAGCUUGGUAUUAUGUAACAUAUCAUGAAGAAGAAUUUCCAGAUGCUAUUGAUGAUAAGAGACUACUAAGUUUUGCUUGGACAGUUUCAGAUGUUCUUUUAAAAAUAAGAGAAGAAAAUAU